AUGGAGAACUCUGAACCGGACCCAUCCCGCGAGCGCAACGGGGUCGUGUGCGUCCUAUACGGUGAGUUCACCGACGCGCUCCACGACGGGGUCCGGUACUCGGUGAGCUUGACGGAGAGCGCCCUGACGGUCCAGGCGAUCUCCGCGUCGCCCGGUCGCACGAAGGUUUCGUUCAACUUGACCGACUGCGUCGGAUGCCGCGCGCACGGAGGAGGAGGGCCGGGCGGCGGCGCGGGCGGCGCGGACGUCGGCGCCUACUUCACAGCCUACUUCUACCCGUUCAAGAGGCGCUGGAUGAGCGCCGGAGUGGCCCGGCAGAGGGUGGAGCGGCGCUUUCGGGUCGCGCUGGUCCAGGACCCGCUCGCCAACCUGCGGGAGGCGGAGAGGUGGGCGCGCGCCAUCAGAGACGCCUCCGCGCUGCGGGCGCCCCGGAGAGACGGUGUGGUGUAUGCGGAGCUGCGUCGGCCUUGCAGGGUCAUGAUCCUGGUGAACCCCCACAGCGGCCGCGGCCAGGCUCUCCAGCUGUUCACCGGCCACGUGCGGGACAUGCUGGCCGAGGCCGCGGUGCCCCACACACUCGUCAUCACAGAGCACCAGAACCAUGCGCGGGAGCUGGUGAGGAAGGCGGACCUGUCGCAGUGGGACGCCCUGGUCAUCAUGUCCGGAGACGGGCUGCUGUUUGAGGUGAUAAACGGUCUGAUGGAGCGAGAAGACUGGCGAGAGGCCAUCCAGACCCCUCUGGGUAUCCUACCUGGGGGCUCGGGCAACGCCCUGGCCGCCUCCGUCCACCACUACUCGCAGUCGCCUCCAGCGUGGAACGAGGAGCUGCUGCUGAGCUGCGGCUUCAUGCUGUGCAAAGGUCUGGUCCGCUCCAUGGACCUGGUGUCCAUCCACCUGGCCUCUCGGCGGCGCCUCUUCUCCUUCCUCUCUCUGGCCUGGGGCUUCGUGUCCGACGUGGACGUGGAGAGCGAGAGGUACCGCCACGUCGGAGCCAUCCGCUUCCUGAUGGGCACCCUGGUGCGCCUGGCCUCCCUCAGAGUCUACCAGGGCCGGUUGGCGUACCUGCCCGUCGUCGAGGCGCCGCCGCCCCCCCCCAAAGGGAGCGUCGAGGCUCGCCGCCCUCCCUCCACGCCUCGCCGCCCCUCGUUCUGCGCCUCCCUCCCCUGCCGGCUCGCACCCGACACCUCCCCGAACCAGAACUCCCGCCGCAAUCACAACGGCACGAAUUCCAACCGCGACACCAUCGCCAACUCCUCCAACAACGCCAUCACCACCAAGAGGCCGGAGACUCUGGCGUGCCAAGGCACUGCUGGAGCGCCGGAGGACUCCCUGCUUCCCGGCCUGGACCAGCCGGUCCCAGAGAGCUGGACGGUCGUCAGGGAGGAGGACUUUGUCUUGGUGCUGGCCAUUUACCAGUCCCACCUGGCCGAGGACCUGUGGACGGUGCCCGGCGCGCUGGCGGACGACGGGGCGAUCCAUCUGUUCUACGUGACGGCGGGGAUCUCCCGCCCGGCGCUCCUCCGCCUUUUCCUCGCCAUGGAGAAGGGCGGCCACCUGGCGUGCGGCUGCCCCCACCUGGUGUACGAGAAGGUGAAGGCCCUGCGGCUGGAGCCCGUCUCCCCGCAAGGCAUGAUCACCGUGGACGGGGAGGUGGUGGAGUACGGCCCCGUUCAGGCUCAGAUCCACCCGGGACUGGCCCGACUCAUUUGUGGAUGA